AUGAUAUCAUCAUUAUCAUCACGACCAUUAUCGAUUAUUGGAAGUAUUCAACAUUCACCUGAGAUAUAUUCAUCCUUACAUAAUCAAUCGUGCUCUGCUUGUCAAUAUAGCCGUUAUGAACAAUGUUCAAAUGUUUGUCAAUGUCCAUUGAAUACCUAUUGGAAUCAAGGUAUAUGUAUGAAUCAAUUAUUUGAAAAUCAAACAUGUACACAAGCAAAUGCAUGUCGAAAAGAUCUUAAUUUAACAUGUGCUCAAGAUUGUAACAAUGGUACCUAUACACAAUGUGUACCAAUAAUCAAUAAUCAACCCUGUCAAUGUCCAUCUCUUACUUAUUGGAAUGGAUCAAUGUGUGUAAAUAAAUCAUUAGAAAAUCAAACAUGUUCACAAUUAGAUGCAUGUCGAGAUGAUUUGAAUUUGACUUGUGCAACAAAUUGUUAUGGAUCAUUUACAACAUGUGUGAAAAAAAAAAUUUCAAAUGGAAGUUCAAUGUCGAUCGGUAUCACUGUUGCUGGCUAUUGUAAUUGUAGUUCGGGCAAUACUAGUGAUACUCUUCAUAGUCCGAACGGUAUUUUUCUUUUCGACAAUGGAACAUUGUAUGUACUUGAUACAUUUAAUAAUCGUGUGCAAAUGUUUUCUUCUGUCGGAAUCGAUCGCAUCGGUCAAACUCUUAUUUCAAAUCUGACUAUAUAUACGUCUUGGCUUUAUGCUGAUAGUAGUACCUUAUAUGUGGCAAUAUUUCAAUCAAAUUAUAUUCUAUUUUGGCCAUCCAUGGCAACAAUUCCACCUGUAAGUCGUUCAUCAACUUGUUCUUUUACAACAAUUAGUUCACCUAUGGGUAUUGCCGUUGAUCGUUCGGGUAAUAAUAUAUAUAUUGUCAAUCAAUAUUGUCAUCGAGUAAUUGUAUGGAGUCGAAAUUCGACAAAUGCAACACAAAUUCUAGUUGGAACGGGUAUUGCAGGCAACAAUAGUGAUCAAUUAAACAAUCCUUAUGGACUCUAUUUUGAUGAAGAUCAUUCUUUACUCUAUGUUGCAGAUCGUGGCAAUCAUCGAAUUCAAUUGUUUAAUUUAACAAGUAAUAAUUCGAAUAUUGGUAUAACAGUUGCAGGAGGAAAUGGACCAGGUGUCGCAAUGAAUCAACUUCAAUCACCGAAUGGUGUUUGGGUGUCUCGAAUCGAUGGAACAGUUUACGUCGCAGAUACAGGCAACCAUCGUAUACAAGCUUGGUCUGUCAAUGCUACAACAGGUAUUACCGUAGCUGGUAAUUCUGCCGGUCUUAUGGGUACUAAUGCUUCUGAGCUUCGUACUCCAUGGAGUAUUGUACUCGAUCAAAAUGAUAAUAAUCUCUAUGUAUCAGACACUGGUAAUCAUCGUAUUCAAAGAUUUAGUCUUCGCUAA